UGUCUGUAGGAGAUUGAAGAUGUCAAUCCACUGGUUGCUCUUAUUGCUUGUGGGGAUUGUCCAUGGAGCAACUGCGUCAGCUCAAGCACGCUACGAUCACACGAGAAUCUAUAAUGUGGAACUGAACACAGCCAGGCAAGUGGAGUUAUUCCAGCAACUGGAAGCGGCGAGCGACUCUUGUAGCUUCAUGGGACACGCACGUGUGCCUGGCCAGAAGCUGACCAUUAUGGUGGCCGGACAGAAGGUGGCGGACUUCGAGGAUCUGCUGCACAGCUACAUGGUGAAUCAUCGCAUCCUGCACCACAACUUCCAGCAACUGAUUGAUGCCAACUACGCAGAGGUGGCGCCAUUGAAUACAUCAGUGGAGCAGUUCGAUUGGCAGCGUUACUUCCAGCUGGACAACAUUUAUGCCUGGCUGGAAGGGCUGGCUAGGGAACAACCCGGUGUGGUGACACUCCUAGAUAUGGGAACGAGCACACAAGGACUGCCCAUCAAGGGAUUGAGAAUUGCCUUUGGCGGCGCGAAUCUCAGCAGUGUAUUUGUGGAAAGUGGCAUACAUGCACGGGAGUGGAUUGCUCCGGCCACGGCUACCUAUUUUAUAGAGCAGCUGCUGCAUUCCAGCGAUCCCCAAGUGCAAUCCCUGGCACGCUCCCACAACUGGCUAAUAUUUCCCACUGUGAAUCCGGAUGGAUAUCGCUAUAGCUUCACCGGGGAUCGCAUGUGGCGCAAGAAUCGCCAACUCUUUGGCAUCUGUCGUGGCGUCGAUCUCAAUCGCAACUUUCCCUUGAGCUGGAACAGCACCGGAUCCAGCGGUAAUCCCUGUCAUUAUGAUUUCUCGGGACCCGCCGCUGCCAGCGAGCUGGAAACGCAACGGAUCAUACAAUUCCUGGAGGCACAUGUGCAGGCGGAUCGCAUUCGCAGCUAUAUAUCACUGCACAGUUACUCCCAGCUCAUCAUGUUUCCCUAUGGACACACGCCGGAACGCGUGGAGAACUAUGCGGAUCUCAAGGAGAUUGGCCAAAAGGCGGCGGAUCGCAUUAAGGAGAUCAGCGGACGUGUCUACAAAAGUGGCAGCAUCUAUGAGACCAUUUAUCCCUCCAGCGGUGGCUCCAAGGAUUGGGCUCAUGGCCAUCUAAAGAUUCCCAUUACCUUCAGCUUUGAGCUGCGUGGUCCACCGGAGAGCGAGGAUCUCUUCAUCUUGUCGGCCAAGGAAAUAGAGCCCACCGCUCAAGAAGCCUUCGCAGCAGUCCAAACAAUUAUCGAGGAAGCUUCCAAGCGAGGUUAUUAUCAAUGACCCUAAGCAUGAUUAUCAGUUAUAAUUCUGGGAAUUCCAAAUAAAAUGCUUAGCAUUUCAAAAAUAAAGUAAAAAAAGCGAAGAAUAAAAUGUAAACAAACAAAAA